CUGCACCCAUCAUGGAGCUGCGGUUUCAGUGCAGACACCCCCCUGUGUUUUCCCCUCCAACAUUAAUAUAAAUUGCCGCCGAACCUGGUCAAUAAGACAAGCCACCACGAGGAUGCUGACGCAGCCCUUGCGGUGCAGGGCCCAUCCUCCGCCAUCACGCCCGGUCUGUGCCUUUUGGAGACGAUCCGGCAUUGUUCUUCUCCCUCGGCCUCUUCAGCUGCGUGUCUCGUCCUCGUCCUCCUCUUCGCCUCUGCGCCUUAAGAACCCUAGUGUCUCCUCCGCUGCCUCCUCAUCUCCUUCUGUCGUCUCCUUCAAUGCUAUCCUCCGCCCCGCUUCUCGUCCGACCCUAAUCCCUUCCGCUGCUACUACCGCUACCUCCGUCAUCCUGCCUCCAAUGACUACCCAAUCCAGAGACCACGGUGGCCACCAUGGCCACCACCAUCACCACCACCACCACGACAAUGUCUAUCUCACUUCCACCGAUAAGCAUGAUGCUGGCGUGCGGAUAACGCGGCUUGGUCUGGUUGCCAACCUCGCCAUGGCUAUCGGGAAGUUCAUCGGCGGCUACGUGUUCCAUUCCCAGGCCCUCAUUGCCGACGCCUACCACGCCCUUACCGACCUGGUGUCCGAUUUUCUGACAUUAGGCACGGUCGCAUGGUCCCUCAAACCACCGAGCGAGCGAUUUCCUAAUGGUUACGGCAAGAUCGAGAGUAUUGGAGCGUUAGGGGUUAGCGGGUUGUUGCUCUGCGGAGGUGUGUUUAUGGGUCUCAAUUCCGGUCAAGUUCUCCUGGAUCAGUUCUACCCGGAGGCCGCAGAAGCGAUCGCACAUGUGGGCGCCCUAGGACACGGUCACUCGCAUAGUCAUGGUGUCGAGGCAUUGGGCCCGAGCAUCCACGCAGCAUGGUUAGCUGCGGGGUCCAUCGUGGUGAAGGAGUGGCUCUAUCAUGCUACGAUGAAAGUCGCUACGGAACGCAAAUCGUCCGUGUUAGCCUCCAAUGCCAUCCACCACCGCAUCGAUUCCCUCACUAGCAUUGUCGCCCUCUUUACAAUCGGAGGGACCUACCUCUUCCAAGACGCCUCCUGGCUAGAUCCCGUGGGUGGACUGUUGAUUUCGCUGAUGGUCAUCAAGGCCGGGUGGGGAAAUACGAAAACAUCGCUGCUGGAGCUGGCUGAUACCACCGUCGACGACGACAUUAAGGAAUCGGUACAGAAAGCCGCGGCCAAGAUGCUGGCCAAGCUGGAAGGCGGUGAUGCAAUCAAGGUCCGUGAUGUGCAGGGCAUGAAGUCCGGGCAGAACUAUCUGAUGGAUAUCGAGAUCGCUGUGCCGGGCGCAUGGUCUAUCAGCCGAACCCGCGGAAUCGAGGAGUCGAUCCGUACUGCGGUCGGGGAAGGCGUGCGUGGGGUCAAGCGUCUCAAGGUUCGAUUUAUUCCCUUGGAACACGAGGAGUUGACCUUUACGGAGGAGUUCAUCCCCGCGGAUGUCACGUCCCGCGCCCGUGCUGAGCCAGAGGACGAGGAUGAGCAUGAUCAUGACCACGACCAUGACCACGAGCACAAACACGAACAUGAGCCCCGCAAAACGCGCUGAAGGAUAGAUUUAUAUCUCUCAUUGUUGUGUGCAUGGGUCGACAAGGUCAAUCUCAUGUUGCUAUUGUUUCACUAGCGCUCUGACCCCCAGUCCGAUGAUACCCCAGGAUGGAUAGUAGGGGGAGAUACUCCAUCCCGUGAACUGCUGCCAGGUACAAGCCAGUUGGAUAGAAUAGAAGACCGACAGAUGAUAACAGUUGGAAAUCGGGAGAAAUGGGAAAAUACAAAGGAAGGAUUCUAUUCGGGUGUUGUAUGUAUGGGACCUGGAUGAUCGAAUGUACAAGAAGUCAAGAAGUUAAGAACGCACUGAGCUCCUUCCAGCUGAGGCGAUCCGCG